ACAGGCUAUCCCAGCACAGAGAGGGUAUGUAUACUAAAAGGCUCGAGGGACCCCGGAGAGGUCGAUCCUUCGAUUCGGUGAAUUCCUGUUUGGAGGAGAAGCAUCUGAAUAACGAGAUUAAUAAAUCCAAUUUCUGCAAAAUUGAAGAAAAUAAAGACAUCAAAGAGAAUUGCAACGAGUCCACCGAGAAGGGCCGCGGCGCCGUGGUUUUCUCUCUGAAGAAUGAGGUUGGAGGUUUGGUGAAAGCUCUGAAACUGUUCCAGGAGAAACACGUGAAUCUUGUCCAUAUUGAGUCUCGCAAAUCCAAGCGCAGGAGCUCGGAGUUUGAGAUCUUCCUGGACACCGACAGCAACAGCGAGCAACUGAACGAGAUCAUCCAGAUCCUGAAGAGCCACGUCAAUGUCCUACCUCUCAGCCCCCCAGACAACCAGUGUGCUCCGGGAGUGGAUAUUGAGAUCACCCCAUGGUUCCCCAAGAAGAUCUCAGAUAUUGACAAAUGUGCAAACCGGGUCCUGAUGUACGGCUCCGACCUGGAUGCUGACCAUCCGGGCUUCAAAGACAAUGUGUAUCGCAAAAGAAGAGAAUAUUUUGCUGACCUGGCGAUGGAUUACAAGCACGGUGAGCCCAUCCAACGUAUAGAAUACACUGAGGAGGAGGUGAAGACCUGGGGCACUGUAUUCUGUGAGCUGACCAAACUCUACCCCACCCACGCCUGCAGAGAGUACCUGAAAAACCUGCCGUUGCUGACAAAGUACUGUGGCUACCGGGAGGACAACAUUCCUCAACUGGAGGAUGUCUCCAGGUUCCUCAAGGAACGCAGUGGCUUCACUAUCCGUCCCGUGGCAGGCUUCCUAGCUCCUCGGGAUUUCCUGGCUGGGUUGGCUUUCCGCGUUUUUCACUGCACCCAGUAUGUGCGGCACAGCUCAGCCCCACUCUAUACCCCUGAACCUGACACCUGCCAUGAGCUGUUGGGACAUGUUCCUCUUUUCGCUGAGCCCAGUUUUGCCCAGUUUUCCCAGGAGAUCGGCUUGGCUUCUCUGGGAGCGUCAGAUGAAGCAGUGCAGAAACUAGCCACAUGUUACUUCUUCACGGUGGAGUUUGGGCUGUGUAAGCAGGAAGAGCAACUGCGAGCCUAUGGAGCUGGGCUGCUGUCUUCGGCCAGUGAGCUGAAGUACGCACUCUCAGGAAAUGCCAAGGUGAAGCCUUUUGAUCCCAAGGUCACCUGCAAGCAAGAAUGUCUCAUCACCACCUACCAAGAUGUCUACUUUCUUUCUGAAAGCUUUGAGGAAGCUAAGGAGAAGAUGAGGGAAUUUGCUAAGACCAUAAAGCGUCCGUUCAGCGUAAGGUAUAACCCGUACACGCAAAGUGUGGAGGUACUCAAAGACACCAAGAGCAUCACUAAAGUGGUGAAGGAGCUGCGUCAGGAGCUGGACAUCGUGUCGGACGCCCUGAGCAGGAUAAACAACGACCUGGGCAUCUGAGCUUGCCGCCCGCUCGCCUGGCACUUCCCAACCCCCAACCCUCCCUCAGUCGCGCUCUCGUCCUUUCGCUCACACACAAAACAUUAACCUGCAAAUGCAUCGUAAAGUAGACUAUGAGUAACAGGACAUUCAUAGUGCUGUG